CGUCACGCGCGCACGUCGUCGCCGGCUGAGUUCUUCCGCGAAAGGAUCAACACCGGCGUGAAGUAGAAGCGUGGACGACCGCAGACAGCUAUCCUUCGUGACAACACUCUCGGCGAAACAUGACGGAGACAGUAUUGACGGAUUACGAGGAGGGAGUGUGCUUCGACGCGGACGAUCCGGACUUCGCGAUCAACACGGUGGACAAUGUCGUCGCGCGUCGUUUGCCGAAUAACAGUGUCGUCGACGGAGUCACCAGUCAGUCGAAUCGGCAACCCAACAUGUCGGUCACCUCUGUGCAACCCAACACGGACAGCCUGUCUCGCCACGGAAGCAACAUCUCCUUAUGCCAUAGCCUGUGCGGGAGCGUGGACGACGGCCUGCAAGGCUCGCAUCCCCAGUAUCAGGACACGAUUGUCACGAUAGAAGAACUGCGGGCCCAGCUGAACUCCUGCUUUACAUGCGGGGUGUCGUGGAGCGAGGAGCACGUCUCCUUGGACUGCAGCGAGUGCGGCGGCUACUCCCUACAACGGCCGUGCCCGCUCUGCGACGGUCGCUGCCAUACCGCGUGGAAGCGUGACCUCACCAUGUCGCACGCGAGUGGCAAGGCGAGAUGGAUCGGCGAGUGCGGCCUGAGCUGCGGACCCUCGCUCGAGGAAUCGCUGGUGCCCGCGUUGGAGAAGUUGCGGGCCACCUCGUGAAUGACGUCGGCCGGCCGCCGAGCCACCGACAAUGCACAAGACUUAAUCCAUCACUCCAUAGCGUCACCCACCACCACCACCAUCGCGUGUGAGAGGAACCACCGAGAGAAAGUGUGAAUGCGUGAUAUGGAUUAUGUUCCUGACGAGAGAGAGAAAGGAAGGCAUCUCUUUCUCUCCGAGUCGUCGUCAUCCCGGCGGAAACGCAAUGCUACACGGGACUUUCAUCCGGUUCUUCUUCUUUCGCGUAAAAUCCCCUUUCUUUAUCGCAUUUGUUAUGGUUUCAAAUGGCUGAGAUAGUUUCACGAACCUUCUCGCGCGGAGACACGUCUGACUCUCUUUUCAGAAUCUUUUAGAAUUGUAGAUUCUAAACCGAACAGUUUUCGGCGGUAUAGACGUGUGUAGCAUUGAUGAGAAGUCGGUUAGACGUGUACGACACACUCGAAUAAUUCCAUCUGCGUCUCGCAUUUAUCCGGCUUGCUGUAUAUAUAAAUAACGUUCGAGAGAGAGAACGGUUAGCGCAAUUUUUAUCAUUCUUCAUCGGGUGUUUUUUCAUUUCUAGAUUCCCCAGCGUGUAGUUCUCGCAGUGUUCUAUUCCCAUACAGUACAUUUUACCGUAAAUGACGUAAGGACAUCCUCUGGGCGUUCUUUGUGGAUGCUGUGCUGUAUGGGCUAUAUGUCACGGUUACACGAUAAUCCACUUUGACGGUUUCUUCUCUUUUACACA